AUCCUCCAUUACACGAGUCUGAGUGAGUCUCCAACACACACACUCCGCUCAUGGAGGAAGGACUGAAAUAAGCCUGAUUUCACACACACACACACACAUUCACACACACACACAAACCUGACAGACGACAGAAGAAUGUGAAUUAACCAGGAGGCAAACUAAAGUCGAGAUGGGUGAAGCUCCAAAGGGUCUGCUGUCGGUGAUGCAGAAGCUGAAGGGCUCCUCAGAGCUGGAGCUGCGGAUUCUGCUGCUGGGUCUGGAUAACGCUGGGAAAACCACCCUGCUCAAGAGUCUGGCCUCAGAGGACGUCAACACCAUCACACCCACACAGGGCUUCAACAUCAAGACCGUGGCCUCCCGCGGGAUGAAGCUGAACGUGUGGGACAUCGGCGGACAGAGAAAGAUCCGGCCCUUCUGGAAGAAAUACCUGGAGAACACAGAUUUACUGGUUUAUGUCAUUGACAGCGCUGAUAAGAAGAGGUUUGAGGAAACAGGACUGCUGUCGGAGCUGAUCGAUGAGGAGAAUCUGUGCGGCGUCCCCGUCCUCAUCUUCGCCAAUAAGCAGGAUCUGGGAACGGCAGCUCCAGCCAGCGAGAUCGCGGAGGGACUGAACCUGCACACAUACAGAGACAGAGUCUGGCAGAUACAGGCCUGCUCCGCCAUCACUGGAGAGGGGGUUCAGGAUGGUAUGAACUGGAUCUGCAAUAAUCUGGUCAACAGGAAGAAAUGAAGCGAGCUGUUCAACAUCACCUGAGCAAUAUUAUCAGUACAACAAGCUCAGCCCGCUCCACGAGUCUACUGAUUUCACUUUAAAUACGGCUGUUUAUCUGGUUUCUUUUGAAUCAUUUUCCAGUAAUGUUCAGAUUUAAUGGUUACUCUCUACAGAUUUUCAGAAAGUCUGUUAAAUCCAUUCAGAAACUCGUAAAUAAUAGCUGCAAAGUAUUUUCAGAUCUGCUGUCAAAUGAAUCAUGGCUGUAGUGUACACUUGAACAUCAGAGAAUCAUCUGGGAUGGUUUGGUUUUGGUUGUAUUUUGUUUUUUUGGAAUAGAAAAUUAUCAGCGAAAUAUUAAUUGUUGCAAACAGUUAAUGUUACACUCAGAGCACACAGCACUGUGAAUAUAAGCUGAUGUAGACAAUAAAUAUUCUUACAGUAAGAUUGAAA